ACCAGUGUUUUCAGCAAAAAUUAACCUGGUAGCUUAAAAACAUGGGGUUUUGUUCAUACAGAGCACAAGAUAAAGUCACUCUUGCUUCCACGAAGUAGUUUUGCAAUUGCUUACCACUCCUCUGUGACACAUUCUCUAGAGGUUUCAUACAGAGCAAAAUGAAGUGCUGAAAUCUUCUCUUAACUCAGAGCCUGAUUUUCCUGGCACUUAUGCACAUGAGUAAGUGCUCCUGUGACUAGUUUUAGCUGCUCCUGCCAGUAUAAUGAAGGACACAGAAGAGUUUUAAAAGCAAGGUCAUGCGGUUGUAUUGCCUUUAUUGUUUAAGUUAACUGGCUUUCUGUGAAACUACUCUGCCUUCAAUGUUUUCCUCAUAACAAUGGGCACUUGACAGCAUAUUUCUUCUAAAUUAGUGUAAAGUUGGUGUAAAAUGCUACCAAAUCUGAAUAUUGUUUUCACAUCAGUUUUGCAUUGAUAAUAGCUGCAAGAUGUAAAGUAAUUGAGAGUAAGGCUGUAUGCAUUUUCAGAGACAGGAUUUCUUACUGUCUUUGCUUUAGUGGUGUCUUCUGAUUGUUCACAUGCUGUUGGAGAGAUAGAAAGAGGGGGCAUAUUAAGCAAUAGAUGGGCUUAUUUCUUUCAGUGGUUUAAAACUACACUUUUCCUUUAGUUACAUGUUGGGGAGACGGAGAGAAAGCAUAGGAGGAAUGCUUUGGAUGUAGAGGCAGUACAGAGAAAGGGAUUAAGUGUGGAGUCUGGCAAGGCACCUCUGCUGAAGGCAGGCUACAACAGUUGCACGUAGCUUAAGAAGGGGUAACUUUCUGGAAGCUACAAGGACCUAGAGAUACAAGCCUUGUGUCUACAGCUUGUCAUGAUACCUUGCAUAGCAAGUUCCUUGCACAGCAGUGUGUGUAAAGAAAAUACUUGUAGAUCAGCAUUGGAGUACUGUGCUGGACUGCAAGAACUAAGGAAGGUCAAAGAACAGUAUUUGGGGCAACUGUCAUUGCAAACAGCUUAAAAGCCAAGUAAUGUGUGGUCAAGUUACCUUGUGUCAGCUGAACCUCGGUAACUAUAUGUACAGCUUCUUAACCUGCUUUUGUAAAAGCACUUGCUUGAAUUUCCACAAUCUUGUCUUCUGUUUGCAUUGAACUGAUAGCAUGCAGAGUCAAUUACAUUUCCACUUAACAGAACUAAUAACUUUGUAUAUUGGGGCAACCUGUUCAGAUACUGGAGCCCUUUGUCUCAAGACAAGGUAGCAUAAGGAGAGCUGUAUGCAGAGGAAGAGCAUCUUUGAUUAGAACACUUGAUAUAGUUUGAGGAUAUAAUUUAAUCUUUCAUAGUGAGUCAAGAGGAAUUAAUUCCUUUUUUCCAGUGGCAGUCACUUAUGAAAUCCAGUUAUUUCUUGGUUCUGCACCUCAUGGACAUGCUGCUGGAGUGGAAUGAGUGCAUUGUGAAGCCUUUUUCUUGGGAGCUGUUGCACAGAGCUGGCAACAAUGUCAUAUACGGAAGUUUCCGAGGAGCAAUGGGGGUGCUGAUGGUGGACUGGGAAGUAUCCAUACAGUCUUAAUAGUGCUUGUUGGCUGUUUUUUAUGGCACCUGCUCUGUAAAAGGUUAACUCCCCUUAAGACUUGCCUGCAAGACAUCUUCUCUACGUUUGACCUUUGACUUAAGAAAAUGCAACAGAAAACAAACUUCAUAGAAGAAUCUAGCUGAAAAUAAUUGGUUAUCAACUUUUCCUGCAAGGGAAGGAGAGAUGUUUCGAAGUGGCUGUCUGUAUGCUUUAUGCCCAAUUUUCUGGUUUAAGAAUAACUUUCGAAUUAUGUUUUUACACAUGCUGUGUACACAGCAUUUCUUAUUCUUGGCCCUAUGUAGUUCCUCCAUAUUAUGUUUGUAUUAUAGGUGAAAGACACAGUGUGUAUCCAGGCCUAUAUAGCAAGUUUCCUCCCUUGACUGGGUAACAAAGAAUUGCUUAAUGCUAAGAUGUGCUAUAUUAGUUGAGGUGAUUUUUUUGAGGAGUGCCUCACACAUGGCUCUGCUGACUUGGUUUUACCUGGAUACUGUCUUGUAGUAUCCUGAUGUCUUAGAAUGUGAUUUGCUUUUAAAUAAGUUUUCCUUUAACAUGCAGAUGUGCUUAUCUGUAUGCACUCAUGCACUGGUCAUCUCAUGUCCCAGUGUCAGUUGAAGUGUGGAUAUUUAGGUGGUCUUUGAUUAAUUAGCCUGUUCAAAACUGGAAAGAUCAAUUUACAGUGAAAUUAACUCUGUGAUUUCAUCAGGACUUCUGUAGGAGAGGGCACUUUAAGAAUUUAGCCCUUUACACUCUUGUUCUUCAGGAGACUUCUUGAUUGGGUUUGUGAUGCGAAGUGUGUUGGCAUCAGUAAAAAGUGUUCUGUUGGUUUCUGUGGGCUUUGGGUGAGACUGAACAAACUGGCCUUUAAAAGAUGACAAAUCAUCUUCAUGGGGGCAGAGCACUUUAUAAUCUGGACAAAGGAUACGUCUCUGGCCCUUCCCUUAGUAGAAUUCGUAAAGAAGGAAAAAGUCCUUGAAGUUUGUUAGAGGUGAGUUUCUUUCAACAUGUCUGCGUGACCCUCUUUACCCAUGUUUUCCUAUGCUUUGAGUGGUGUAUUGAACACACAGCCUCUAAUGCUAUGAUCAUAGAAUAAUGGACUAUCUUUACAAAUUAUAUAUUCAGUUAGCCCCCCUGUGUGGUGGGUAUGACACAUUCAGCAGUCAUUCACAAGUGACUAGUAAGGGUUUCUAUCCUGGGCUCACAGACCUUUAAGCACUCUGAGAUUUUAAUGAAAUCAACCAUUAUUAUUUCAGAUGAAGUCUUUUUUCAUAUGCAGCAGAUGGCUUCUAAGGAAACUUAGCUUAUGGAUCACCCCUUUUUUUCUUAAAUACUGAAAGACUUUAUGGUCCAUACCCUUUGGAUACCUGGAAGGCCUUAGGUAGAUCCCAGUUCUUGUAUGCAGACAAUAAGCAAAAGCAAGUGGAUCAAUAGCAAUACAGGAAUAUGCUUCAUCUCCUUUCCAUGCUUCACCCCAAAGGAUUCUGGUGCAUAAAGGACAUAAAUAAUAAUCCCAGAAGAUAUCUGUCGUGGAGCAGACAUUGAAACUGAGGUACAAUGUGACUGGGAGGACUGAGUGCAUGUCAGAUGGUCUUUCCAAUCCAGCCGUUAUGGAGUCAAUGGAUGAAGCUGGAGGACAACAGGGACAGCUGAACAGGAAGGAGCAGUCCUUGAAAACCUGCCAGAAAACGACACUGCUUGGUUGGACUGCCCGGUGGAAUGGACUAAUGCCUGGAGACAGCAUGUAUCUGUUUGUCCUCUCACAGAUACUGCUUCUCUGCAUGAUGCUGUGGUACAGCACUUACGGGACCAUCCCAGCAGCUCAGAAUGCCUUUGACCUGCUGUCUUACUUGCUUACCCCAUUUAAACAAUUUUUGUCAGAUCAAGGGAAGGACCUGACUAAAAUUGGGAGCAUUGUGGUAUCAUACAUCUUGCUGUCUUUAGCUUCUCUAGGACUGUUAUUUGUAGGAUCUGUGUUUUGGCAUCUACUCAGAGCCCGUCCAGACCUCCCCUUUCCACUACAAGAGGACAGACGCCAAUCUGUGAGCCGGCAGCCUUCAUUCACGUACUCAGAGUGGACAGAGGAUAAAAAUGAGGAUGACUUCUUAGAUUUGGAUCCUGUACCAGAGACUCCGGUCUUUGACUGCGUAAUGGACAUUAAAGCGGAGACAGAUCCAGCUACUCUAACGGUUAAAUCCGUGGGCUUGCAAGAAAGGAGAGGUUCAAAUGUUUCACUCACACUGGAUAUGUGUACCCCAGGCUGUUCUGAGGAAGGUUUUGGCUACGUCAUGUCACCACGGGAACAGUCAGCUCAAGAAUACCUCCAGACAGCAUCGAACAUCCUUACUGAACAGGAAUUGCAUGAGAAAGCACUGGAUCCUUUCAUACUUCAGGCAGAGUUCUUUGAAAUUCCAAUGAACUUCGUUGAUCCAAAGGAAUAUGAUAUUCCAGGCUUAGUGCGUAAGAAUCGCUAUAAAACAAUUCUCCCAAAUCCUCACAGCAGAGUGUGCCUUACCUCAGCUGAUCAGGACGACCCCCUCAGCUCUUACAUCAAUGCUAACUACAUCAGGGGCUAUGGAGGAGAGGAAAAGGUAUAUAUUGCUACUCAGGGACCGAUAGUUAAUACUGUCAGUGAUUUCUGGAGAAUGGUGUGGCAGGAGCGUUCUCCCAUCAUUGUCAUGAUUACCAAUAUAGAAGAGAUGAAUGAGAAAUGCACAGAAUAUUGGCCAGAGGAACAGGUCACCUACGAAGGAAUAGAAAUCACAGUUAACGAAGUCAUACAAGCAGAUGAUUACCGUUUAAGGCUCAUCACCCUAAAGAAAGGAGAAGAAGUCAGAAACCUGAAACAUUACUGGUACACGUCUUGGCCAGACCAGAAGACACCAGAUCAAGCCCCACCUCUGUUACAGCUAGUACUGGAAGUGGAAGAGGCAAUGCAGAGUACAGAAGAGAAGAAUGCCCCAGUGAUUGUUCACUGCAGUGCAGGCAUCGGGAGGACUGGCUGCUUUAUUGCAACUAGUGUCUGUUGUAAACAGCUGAAGAGUGAGGGCAUCGUUGACAUAUUACGAACAGCCUGCCAGUUACGGUUGGACAGGGGAGGAAUGAUCCAGACUUGUGAACAGUAUCAAUUUGUCCAUCAUGUCAUGAGCUUGUACGGAAAACAGCUUUCUAGAGCAGCAGAAGAAUAAGUGCUCGUGAUAUUCCUAAAGGCUAAACCAAGCGAACUUUUGACUGUAUUCAGAUAUAUUUCAGAUCUGAUCAGAGACACAUGGUAACCUGGCUAUCUUAGCUGGAAAAAAAGGAUACAUUCUUUUACUUCGAUAUUGCUUUUACGCUCUUGUUUGCAUUGACAUUUAAGAGCUGAGGUACGCCUUGUCUUAAACAUAAGUGACAGGACAUAAUCUUCACCAAAAAAUGGCUUAUUUAUACUGUAAAUAGGAACAGUAGCUUCAUUUGUUACAAAAGCAAGAAAAAAAAUCCGAAAAAAAAUCCAGUCUUCAGUUUGCUAUUUUUAAAAAAUCAUUGCUAAUAUAUCCAAAUACAGUGUGAAACUUUUUCAAUUGUCAUGCUGAAAUGUGCCGUAAGUUGACUAAGCUUGAAAGUAACUUUUUGCCUCUUUCCGAUUGUUUUUACAUAUAAAAUUACCGAAUACUGUGUAUAUUGUUAACUUUCUGAGCCUCUGCAUCGAAAGAUUCAAGUAGAUUCACAUUUAAAUUCUUUCACACAUCAUGUUUGCUUGCUUAUUUUUUCUAAAGCAGUCCACCACUAGUGUUAUCGGAACUAAGAGGAAAAAAAAUAUUUCAAUGAUGUGAGUGAAAUUUUUACCCCCAGUUCUUACCAGCAACAUACCCUAGUCAUGACAGCUGGGUGAAUCUGAGGCAAAUAAUAGAAGUUAAUCUGAACAUCAAUUCUUAAAUUUUUAAAUAUUUUGGCAUCUCAAUCUGCAAUCAGAUUUCAUUUUUGCAAAUAGUUCCUCUUUUUGUGUUUGUUCCUUAAUCCAAAUGUGGCCUCUCCUCAAUUUGAGGUUGGAAAUCAGGUGAGAAAUUUUGUGAGUUGAAUUCAUCUUUAUUAAAAAUUUAAUAAUAAAAUCACUUGUAUUCUAUGAAUUUAAACUUGUUUCAAAGCCUUGAGGGUGACAGUGCCCAGUGCUCAUUAAAAUCAAUGCACAUCCUAAAGGCAGCUUUAAAAAAGAAAGAGAAAAAAAAUCAGUCUGAACAUGCUGGCUGCUUUUUGAUAAAUUUGCCCCCAACCAAAUUUAGACAAUCAUUAUCCCAUUCUAAUCACUAGUAGGGGCAGCAGUGUUUCCUGUUCAGUGACACAGACAACUGCCCAUGCUUUUCUUUUUAGACCUCAGUCAGGCUGUGAAGACUGUAGCUUGUGUUUAAUGCUUACAGGUAAGCAUAUGUUUAAGUGCUUUGUUGAGCAGGUAUACAGGACCCUUAACAUGAAAAAUGAGUGUUUUGUGAAUAGUAGUUUUAAUGAUCUACUAAAAAUAUUUUUGCUUCUCUGUAUUUGUAACAAUAACCAAAACUUUUAUUAGUGCAGGAGAUUCUGAGAAUUUACUGCACUUCCUGGUCAGAAGAAGGUAAAGCAGCUCUGAGAACAAUAAGGGCUGGUCCUGCUCCCACUGAGGUUUUGCCAUUCGUGUCAGUAGGUGCAGGGUGUAGGGCCUGAAAUGUUAUGCCUACAACUUCUUCACUGUGGGGAAAAUUUCCCAGUAUUUCAGUACACAUCCUUUAUAUUUAUUCUGUAUCCAUGAACCUGUAAAAAUCCUGUCAGCAGGGUUUGCAUGAAUGUGUGCAAAAUGUGUUAUCUUUAAACCACUUGAUUUUAUUGCUGUAUUUAAAAUAUUUCCUUCAGUGAAAAGCUAGCAGGAAGAAGUGGCAUUCUUUUUAAAAAUACUGGUGGUAGUAAUUAAAUAGAGCAAUAAACUUAAGCUUUUGAGCAUAA